AGACAGCGGUGUAUAUACCGUUACUAAGCUAACUGUUCGCCAUAUAUUAUUCUUGAAGAACACGGAUAUAUCAUCAGCAGUUACAUUAUAGUGUAGCAGUUGACCGCAGAAGUCACUCUAACUUUAGGAUGAACGUUGAUUUUUAAUAUUGGAAACUGCUUCAACGUAAUAGUCUGCCGUCUUCUUAUCUACUAAACUAUUACUUUGGAACAACAGAAGUUACAACAACGGAGUACCAAUAUGAUUGGACACUAAACUACAGAUGGUUAUGAAACACUUCCAAGAACUUUUUUCUGAGGAGUGACUCGUCGAUCCGUCAACCAUGUUGCAACCGGGCGUCCAUUUUGCCGAAGUCGUCGAGGGACUCUUGAACGGCGGUGACAUCGGUGAAAUUGUUAUCGAUGACAUGGAACCUCCGGAGGACACAGAAGGCGAUAACUCCAAGAACGAUACUUCGAAAAACGAAAAGAAACCGAGACAGAACAAAUCGUAUGUGACGGCAAAGACUCUGAAUGAUCGUGAAGAAAGGAGAUUAAUGAUCAAACUGAAUCACUAUCAGAAAGAACUCAAGCAAUCCACGUAUCAGAUUGAUGUGGCGCAGAGAGCGAUCAGGAGGGAGUUACAGAGUAUAAACCCAGAUCUUAUGGUUGAUCCCAAUAAAGGAUUCUUUGUACCGAAAGGUAUGACACAAGAGCAGGCCGAAGUCAUCAAAUCAAAACGACUCGAGUUACAGGCUGCAUCGAACACUCGCAGUAUCUCCCUUGAUGAAUUCACAGAGAUGAGAAAGAAGAAGACUGAACAGGGCAGACAAGCUCUCCAAGCUAUCCAACACGAUAGCCAGCCUGAAGAGGAGGGAGACAAACCAGUGAUAAAAGGGCGUGACCGAUGGAAGGCUCUUUCAGGUGUUCUCCAUAGCAACCCGGCAUCUUUCUCCCAGAUGUCCAAAGUAGCUGCUAAGCAACACCAGCAGCAACAGCAGCAGCAACAACAGCAACAAGAACCACCACCUGCAACGGCACCAGAGGACAGCGCGAUAAGGAAAGUGGCCAAAAUGGCGAGCGUCGUUGCGGCAAUGCGAGGAUUUACGAGGUAACAAGUUCUAGGCAACCCAACGAAGGAACUUCGUCUCAUCUUGGACUCUAUGAAACGCAAUGCUAGCAAGGCCAACAAACAAAACAUGGAACAAUCUCAAGUCUACCCCAAGGCGCAGGCGUAUUACAUUUACAAAUCUGUGAAGAAGCCUCGCAACAAACGAGUUUAUUGUUUACUAGCAUCCAUGCACGUGUGCCAUUUCGGUUAGGCCUAUAUCACAAAAUCCAGUGACAACAUUGCCAAGUCUCAUGGUAAACCACGAAUGGAGUGACCCUGGAUAAACCGCAUCACAUGGAAACACGCGGCUUCGCUAUCAGCCACAUUACUAGACCAAAGAAAAUGAGCUGUCUCCGCCUUUCCAACGUUGAUCGGGGUGCGGUUCGUUGACGAAGCCACAAAGGACUUUUCGUUUUGGAAUGCAUGGCAACGGAUUAUCGAUUACUGACAGGUAAUCAAUCGAAGCAAGCGAGGAGGCCGUUUUGAAAACAAUUAGUUUAACAAGUAUUGUGAUAUUGUCGCCGGACAGAUGGUAGAACAAAAGACUGGACAAAAGAUGGCGGCAACCUCAAAAGUAGACAGUGAAGAUAAUUGCCGCAUACACCAAAAUGAACAAUGUGUUGUAACGGUCACAAAGUUAACGUUAACCUUCAGGGGAAUAAUCACCAAAAUGUAUUUUGCUCCCAUUGUUUUGGGUCCCGUUCCAGUAUUCUAUAUUCAAAGUACCUGAUUGAAAUAUGGGUUUUGUAAAGAAGGUACUAAAA